AUGUAUAGCAGCGUCGAAGCUGCUCCAAAAUUCUCUCCAUUGAUUUGGGUUGCCAUUAAAGCGGCUUUGAUAGUAAUCGAUGACAUAUUCCCGGCUCGUGGCACCAAAAAUGUUGCGGAUUUUUGGGAUUAUCUCGGGUUUGGUUGGCUUGGAUUAGUUCGGAAUUUUGGAUUUGAUGUAGUGGAAUGGGAUUU